GUCCGUGCGGCGGCGCUGUGAGGCCGGUCCCGCUGGAACAGAGCGUGAAUCCCGGGGGCUGGAGCGCAGGAUGGCGGCGGUCGGUGCUGCUGCUGCUGAGGCCGAGUCGUCGGACAGCGAACCGGAGCAGGAGCACGGAUCCCCGCAGAAACUCAUACGGAAGGUCUCCACGUCGGGUCAGAUCCGGAGCAAGACGAUUUUAAAAGAGGGAAAGUUGAUGAAACAGACGAAUUUUCAGCGCUGGAAGAGACGUUAUUUUAAACUGCGGGGAAGAACGCUGUACUACGCUCAGACGGCCAAGUCGAUUAUUUUUGAUGAAGUGGAUCUGACGGAUGCCAGUGUAGCAGAAUCGAGCACGAAGAACGUUAACAACAGCUUUACUGUGACAACUCCGUGUCGUCGACUGGUUCUGUGUGCAGAAAACAGGAAAGAAAUGGAGGAAUGGAUCGCAGCGCUGAAGAGUGUUCAGAACAGAGAACACUUUGAGUCCACUCAGUUCAGUAUGGAUCAUUUCUCUGGGAUGCAUAACUGGUACGCCUGUUCUCACGCUCGCCCCACGUACUGUAACGUCUGUCGGGAGGCUCUGUCUGGAGUCACGUCUCACGGACUGUCCUGCGAAGUGUGUAAGUUCAAGGCUCACAAGCGUUGUGCGGUCAGAGCCACUAAUAACUGCAAAUGGACGACACUGGCCUCUAUCGGCAAAGACAUUCUGGAGGAUGAGGAAGGGAUCUCGAUGCCUCAUCAGUGGCUGGAGGGGAAUCUGCCCGUCAGCGCCAAAUGCACCGUGUGUGAUAAAACCUGCGGCAGCGUCUUGAGACUGCAGGACUGCCGCUGUUUAUGGUGCAAAGCCAUGGUGCAUGCUGGGUGUAAAGACCAGCUCUCUCCGAAGUGCCCACUGGGUCAGUGUAAAGUCUCUGUGAUCCCACCCACCGCCCUCAACAGCAUCGACUCAGACGGUGAGUGCUUCUGGAAGGCGACGUUGGUUCGACGUCCUCCGACCUGCACGAGUCCGCUGCUGGUGUUUGUGAACAGUAAAAGUGGAGAUAAUCAGGGCGUGAAGUUCCUGCGGCGCUUUAAGCAGCUGUUGAAUCCUGCACAAGUGUUCGAUCUGAUGAACGGAGGGCCACAUCUGGGGUACACUUCCUACUCGCUGCUGGGAACAGGAAAUGACCUGGCCAGAGUGUUGGGGUGGGGCUCGGCGUGUGACGACGACACACAGUUACCGCAGAUUCUGGAGAAACUGGAGAGAGCCAGCACUAAGAUGCUGGACAGAUGGAGUAUUAUGGUAUAUGAGACCAAGUUACCACGGCAACACUCCAGCUCCACAGUAACAGAGGACUGUAGUGAGGACUCAGAGGUGCAGCACAUUCUAACGUAUGAAGACUCAGUUGCUGCUCAUCUCUCUAAAAUCCUGACGUCCGAUCAGCAUUCGGUGGUUAUUUCAUCUGCCAAAGUCCUGUGUGAGACGGUAAAAGACUUUGUUGCGAAAGUCGGACGUGCUUACGAGAGAAACACAGAAAACUCAGAAGAGUCAGAGGCCAUGGCUAAAAAGGUCAGCUUGUGGUGUGUGCUGAAAGAAAAGUUGGACUCGUUAUUGAAAACGCUUAACGAGGAAGCCCAGGCCAGCAGUGUGAUUGCGCCGCCGCCGCCCACCAUCGCUGAGGAGCAGGUGGAUGGGGGAGGGGUGGUUCUGGCUCCGCCCACUGCCCCGCCCACAGUCACAGCCCCUUGUUCGCCUCGGCCGCCCGCCGCUAUCUUCAAACCCCGAGAGCAGCUGAUGCUUCGAGCCAACAGCCUGAAGAAAGCCAUCAGACAAAUCAUAGAGCACACCGAGAAAGCGGUGGAUGAACAGAACGCUCAGACGGAGGAGGGUUUGCCUUCACUGCCGGCGGAGGAAGAAGAGGAGGACGAUGGUUCAGAAACGUUGUCUCUGCAGUCGUCAUACAGCAGCCGAGCGCGAGCCAGCAGACGAGCAUCUAAGACUCCAUGUGAGAAGCUCAUCAGUAAAGGAAGCCUGUCCAUAGGCAGCUCCGCCUCACUUCCUGCUCAGACAGGAAGCAGAGAGAACAUGCCCAUGCUGAACACUAAGAUCCUCUACCCAAGUCUCAGAGCAGGUGUGUCGGGGUCUUUCAGCGGCUCGGUGAUCACCAGGCUGCUGGUCAACGCUGAUCCGUUCAACUAUGAUCCGGAGAACCUGGAUCUGUUCACGGAGAAAUGUGUGAUGAAUAAUUAUUUCGGGAUCGGUCUGGAUGCCAAAAUCUCUCUGGAUUUCAACAACAAACGUGACGAGCAUCCGGAGAAAUGCAGAAGUCGCACUAAAAACAUGAUGUGGUAUGGAGUCCUGGGAACCAAAGAACUUCUGCACAGAACAUACAAGAACCUGGAACAGAGAGUUCUGCUGGAGUGUGACGGGAGGCCGAUCCCUCUUCCCAGUCUGCAGGGGAUCGCUGUGUUGAAUAUUCCCAGUUACGCAGGAGGAACCAACUUCUGGGGCGGAACUAAAGAGGAUGAUACGUUCACGGCGCCGUCGUUUGAUGAUAAGAUCCUGGAGGUGGUGGCUGUGUUCGGCAGCAUGCAGAUGGCUGUUUCUAGAGUUAUUAAUCUACAGCAUCACCGUAUCGCACAGUGUCGAACAGUAAAGAUCACUAUUCUGGGAGAUGAAGGCGUCCCUGUGCAGGUGGACGGAGAGGCCUGGAUCCAACCGCCCGGAUACAUCCGGAUCCUCCACAAGAACCGCACGCAAACCCUCACCAGAGACCGGGCGUUCGAGAACACUUUGAAGUCGUGGGAGGACAAACAGAGAGGCGAGAUUCCACGGCUGGUUUCCCAGCAUGCAUCGCAGCCAGAGAUCGUUUCUGAAGAGGAGACUGCUCAGAUCAGUCUGUUUGGACAGGCAGCCGGUGCACUUAUACACAGUAUCAGGGACGUGGCACAGUCUCAUCACACCAUCGAGCAGGAAUUGGCUCAUGCGGUCAACGCCAGCUCGAAAGCCAUGGAUCUGGUGUACGCAAACUCCAAAAGCAGCGGGGGUUUGACCUGUAAUGUGGUGAUGGAGAUGGUCAGUAACGUCAAAGCUCUGCACAGCGAGACCGAACUGCUGCUCGCGGGAAAGAUGUGCCUGCAGCUGGACCCUCCUCAGAGAGAUCAGCUGAUCGGCGCGCUGAGUUCAGUCGCUCAGCAGUUACGCAGACUCUCAGACAUCAGCUGGCUCAGUCAGCUCAUCGACCCGGCAGAUGCCUGUCUUGAUUUCUCCAAGCGCACCCCCCGGUUCGUCCACAGCGCUAAUUCCCGCCUCGUGGCCAAAUUCAAGAAAGACAAAAACAACAAAAACAAGGAGACGUGCGCCGCCCUCAACAUGCCAGUGAGUACGUGGGGUGUGGAUGAAGUGGGCGUCUGGCUGGAGAUGCUCUGUCUGUCCGAGUACAAGGAGAUCUUCAUCAGACAUGAUAUCAGAGGACCAGAGCUGCUUCAGCUGGAGAGGAGAGACCUGAAGGAUCUGGGAGUGACUAAAGUCGGCCACAUGAAGCGGAUCCUGCAGGGAAUCAGGGAUUUGAGUCGAAACAGCACAACCAGCGAAGCCUAGACGCUCCGCAGCCAAUCAGAUGCCUCGUUCGGACGUGACGCAGCUUCACUGGCCAAUCAAACGCUCAGUCACGACUGCAAGCAGCCAUACUCCUCCAC